AUGCACAGGCGGUUGCUGAGGGAUGCCCAGACCCCCGAGAAGCUGCAACGCAACCGGUCGCUGGCUGGGAACAGCCGGCUCUCCAUGGAGGAGAAGAAGCGGAAGGUCAUCCGAAACCUGCGGCGCUUGGAGAGCCUGGGCCUCGUGGACUCCACUGAUGAGUACCAAGGACUCAUUAAUGAGAUGGCCAAGGACAUCCGCAACCAGCGGCGUUAUCGGCAGCACCGCAAAGCGGAGCUCCUGAAGCUGAGACAGACCCUCCAAGGGCUCGACUCCAAGACGUCGUUUUACGAAGAGCAGAUUGACUAUUACAACCAGUACAUCAAGACCUGCCUGGACAACCUGGCAGCCAGCAACAA